AUGUCUGUCGCAGCCUGUCGAGAACAUCACGUGACGAGAGUAUUUUGUUUCCGUUACAUACGUAAUAUAUCGCGCAUUUGAUUUUAAUAAUGAUGCUAUUUAAUAAUAAAACGAUGGAGUAAAGGAAGCAAUGGUAUGGCCAACUCAAUGGCCUUUGAAUAUUCGAAUAUUGGGAGUAGAGCAAUAUCUUGUUUGAAUUUUCAACCGAUCAAAGGAACUCGAUAAACGGUUUCUUGUGACCCAUGGAAGUAUUUACAUGAUUUUCGAGACUUUUCGAAGGUCUCGUGAAGGAUGGAAACGGUUUCCGGACGGAAACACAGGAGGAAUUGCAGGAGGAAGAGAAAGAGUAAACAAGGAGAGCAAGUCAAGUUGGAGGUUAGGUUGAAGAAACAGAGGGAAUUUAAGUUGCAUAGUUCUCUCCUGUGGAAGAAGGUUACUGCAAGAAUGGAUGCUAGUACCUUUUGGGCGAAUUAUACCGUGGCUCAGGAAUGGCAACAAAGACACAGCGUAGUUUGGUGGAGGACUCGUUGCAUAGCCCUGGAGCAUGAAAAUCAAUUGCUACGAGAUAAAAUAAGGUCUUUGGUAAGAAGGCAACAUUCCGAAGUACCCGAACAAUACAAGGAAGAAAAUACGGAGGAGAAGAAUGAUGACAGGGAUAUAGAAAGCAGCUUGGAAGAAGAAAAUCUGGAAUUUCACGUGGACGAAGACAUGAUGAGUUUCUUAGAGCAGAGUUUGCGACAUAAAAUGGAAUUAAAGCAACAACGUGAUAAAGAAUCUCUCAAAGAGGAAGAAGACCUUAAAUUUGAGGGAGGGGCUGCUUGGGAUCGCGAAAGAUCCGAAUGUGCAAAAUUGUUGUACGGCGAGGCAAGUCCUAGAAUUCUUGCUAUGGAAACUGCUCUGCAAGCAACCAUCGAUAGGCACAAGGAUAAAGCAAAACCUCAAUAUUGGCCAAAUAUACCCCUCAAGCCUUAAGAAGUCGACAUAUCUGUAAGAUCAUCGUUUCGUAAUAAACUGCCUAAAAAUAGGCAUUUUUUGGUCGCCAUUCCCUAUUCGUUAUGAAAUAACUAAGCAUUAGUUAAAUAAUAUUUUUUUUAUGCAAAGCGAAAAUAUAGGAGAUGUAUUCUAAA